UAACUGUUCCUUCUUGCAGAUGCUGGCCCAGAACAACAUUCCUGAGGAGGAGUUUGGUAACCCACUGCACCUCCGGAGUUACCUGAGGCACCCAAGCCCAGCAAUGCGCUUGACGGUUCUCAGAGGGCUCUCCGCCGUGUCAGAGAGCCCAGAGAAGGCAAGAAAAAUUCAGGUCCUGCUGCCAGACAUCCUGGAGGCCCUGCAGGAUACCAACACAGACGUUGUGCUGAAGGCCCUGCUUGUGCUGAGAAACGUGAUGGCUCAUGUGGAGAGCAGAGAGGCCAGUUGCGUGGCUCCGCAGCUGGCUGAGAAGCUCCUGCCACUCUUUGACCAUGAGUCCAGCCUGGUGCGGGAGCACUCCAUCAGCCUCUUCCAAGCCCUGACAGAGGAUCUUCUGUCACAAAGGAAGGAGAUGAAGAGGGCAGUGCACAGCAGCCUUCUCCCACUCUACUUUCGGAUGAGAGACCAGAGUGAGAGCGUAGCAAAGGCCUCUGGGGAAGCUCUCAUCAUCGCUGCAGAGUUUCUGAGACACAAAGAGCUCAAGCACUUGGCCCAGACAGAACAGACCUGGAAGAUCGGGGAGUGCUUGCUGCAACAGGACAGAGGCAGAGUAGAAGAAUACGUGCAGCAGAGCCAGCCCUACCUGCAGGACACUCAGACCGUCUUGCGACUUGAGGCCGUCAGGUUCAUUGGGCUUGCUGCGCGCUACUGUAAGGACCAGAGCGAGGAGAAGCUGAAUGAAAUCCUCAGCGGUGAGUGAGGGCAGUGGUGUGUGUGCUGGGGCUGGGGGGACAGGGGCAGAGGCCCCCAUGCCUUGCCCUGCUCCAGGGAAAUGCUUCAGGGCGGAGGAGCAAUGCAGGCUUAGGAAGGAGGGAGAGGAGAUGGGGUAGCCCAGCGUGUCAGGGAAUGCCCUCCCAGCCUGGAGCUGGGCAGUGCUGCUGAAAGGGUUGAGUGUCCCUGAGGAAGAGUCAGGUGAAAGGGCAGUCAGGCUGAUAGAAGGUGGGAGCCUGUUGUA